GUCGUGAGCCGGGGAGCGGAGCGGAGCAGCUUCCCCGCGUGCCGCCGCGCCAACGCGGCCGCCCCCCCCCCCACCCCCAGCCAGACGGGACGGGACGGGACGGGACGGGACAGAAGAGGCGGGCGGACGGACGGACCGACGGACGGACGCGGCGACAGGGAAAAGGGGAGCCAGCGGGGACACCCGGCACCGCUCCGCGGGGGGAAGCUGAACCUGCCCAGCAGCAGCAGCGCCGGAGCCGGCGGAGAGAGCUGCUCCCCCCGCCUCGUCCUCCUCCUCCCUCCCCAAUCCACCCCCGCGACCCUGGUCCUCCUCCUCCUCCUCCUCCUCCUCCUCCUCACCCCACUGGAUACAGCGAGGGAGACACUGCGGCGGAGGCGGCGGCGGCGGCGGCUCCUGCGGGGGGAAGGAAGCGCCCGGAGAGCGGAGCGGCGGGAGGCUGCGGAUCUGCGUGCCUGGCGCCCACCCAGCCCGAGGGGAGCCCCCAGGAUGCGGCUGAAGCCCGGCGCGCUCCUGCGCUUCUACAGCCUCUGCGGGAUCCUCGUACAAGUGGCUGCUACAAAGAGCAAAGCUAGAGGCAGCCAAGGGCAGUUUCCACUUACACAGAACGUCACGGUUGUUGAAGGGGGAACAGCAAAUUUGACCUGCAGGGUCGAUCAAAAUGAUAACACCUCCCUCCAGUGGUCAAAUCCAGCUCAACAGACACUGUACUUCGAUGACAAGAAAGCUCUGAGGGACAACAGAAUUGAGCUGGUCCGAGCUUCAUGGCAUGAGCUGAGUAUCAGUGUCAGUGAUGUGUCUCUGUCGGAUGAAGGGCAGUACACCUGCUCUUUAUUUACUAUGCCUGUCAAAACUUCCAAGGCUUUUCUUACCGUUCUUGGUGUUCCUGAGAAGCCACAAAUUACUGGAUUUACCUCACCAGUUAUGGAGGGAGAGAGGAUGCAGCUAACUUGCAAGACAUCUGGUAGUAAACCAGCAGCUGAUAUCAGAUGGUUCAAGAACGACAAAGAAGUUAAAGAUGUUAAAUAUUUAAAAGAAGAAGAUGCAAAUCGUAAAACAUUCACGGUCAGCAGCACACUGGAUUUCCUAGCAGAUCGCAAUGAUGAUGGCGCAGUUGUAAGUUGCAGAGUAGAUCAUGAGUCUCUAAACUCUACACCUCAGAUAGCAAUGCAGGUUCUAGAAAUACACUAUACACCUUUAGUUAAAAUAAUUUCUUCCAAUUCAUGGCCUGAAGAAGGACAAUCUAUUAUUUUGACUUGUGAAUCCAAAGGAAAACCAGUGCCAGAACCAGUACUGUGGACAAAGGAUGGUGGAGAGCUACCAGAUCCAGAGAGAAUGGUUGUCAACGGCAGGGUCCUAAGCAUCAGUUUCCUAAACAAAACAGACAAUGGCACAUACCGAUGUGAAGCAAAAAAUCCUAUUGGCCGAAACAGCACAGAAUAUGUCCUGAUAGUACAUGAUGUUUUCAACACUUUGCUUCCCACUACUGUCAUCCCCUCCCUUACCACUGCAACAGUCACAACCACUGUAGCCUUAACAACCAGCACAACCACAUCGGCAACAGCCAUCAGCACCAGAGAUCCAAAUGCUUUGGCUGGACAGACCGGACCUGACCAUGCUCUUAUAGGAGGAAUAGUGGCUGUAGUUGUCUUUGUAACACUAUGUUCUAUAAUUCUCCUUGGUCGAUACCUGGCAAGACAUAAAGGAACGUAUUUAACGAAUGAAGCAAAAGGAGCUGAAGAUGCACCUGAUGCCGACACAGCCAUUAUCAAUGCAGAAGGCAGCCAAGUCAAUGCAGAGGAGAAAAAAGAGUAUUUCAUUUAGAUGCAGAGCUAGAAUCUUGGAGUUUUACUUAUCAGGCUGACUGCUGGACAAAACUGGCUAUCAUUUCUCCGAAUUCAUUUCUGCCAUCUUCUGCUAUCUUUAUUAACUCGCAUACCUGCUAUAAGUAGCCAGUUUAUGCCAACAAUCAGCUGCUGACAUCAUCAUUCUAUAAUUACAGUAUCAUGCGUAAAGCAGGACAUUUCUUAUUGCCUAAAAUUCAUAUCCACUGCUCUCUUAACAUACAGUGCUUGAAUAUACAGCCUUAACAAUGUUAAUCAUCAUCUUAAUCCAAGUUUUCUACAUUUUUAAAUGUUACGCAGCUUUCUUCUUUUUCAGUUUUCUUUUAUCAUGUCCCUACUAGUGUGUCAUAGAACAAUAUCCAUAACAAGUACUGUUAGGUAAGGACCUAAUUUACUUACAUAAAAUGUUAAGUCUAAGAUUAGAGGUUUACAAAGAAUGUUUUAUACAUGUCUAUCUAUGAUUCAAAAAGCAACUUGUUUUUGAAACAUACGCCCUAGGAAGAAACACAAACUGAAAUCUUUUAGUAUAGUUUCAUGUACGCUUGGAAUUGGUGGAGAAAAACUAUCAGUCCACUGAAUUUUUUGUUUUGUUUUGUUAUGUUUUAAAUGGUACCUUGACAACAGUGCCAUGUUUCAGUGGUAAAAACAUGCUGAAUAGCUAUACUGAUCUGCAGACUUAGAUAAUAGUGCUUCAUUUGAAUCCCCUUUACUGCUUUUUUGGGAUCGCAAAGAUUAGAGAACUUUCUGAGUAAUUUCUGGUUUUAUAAUUUAUUUGCUUCACACAAACUCACCUGCCUACUCAAAUUUGAAGUGUUCAUGGGGCACAACUGCAAGGCGUUUUAGUAUCUGUAUAUAGUGCAUAUAAUAAAUUCAAUUAAACAUUAUUUGAUACAUAUUUAACUUUUUUGGCAGUAGCUAAGUCAGUCACAAGUAAGCAUUUUCUAAUGUCCAUUAUAUCCCUUUAGAUAUGACUCAAAUCAAUAUUCUGAGUAGAUAACAUGUAUUAGUAUUUUUUGUCUGUAUGUCCUAGCACUGUUCAGCAGCAAACUUUUCUAGUUCUUGUUAAUUUUUUCUUUGUUAUACAAUGGAAGCACAAUGUUAUAUGGAAAGGUAGUUUUAAGCUAACAACCAGUGCACAGCCUCAGGUUUUAAAUUACAACCACAUUUGAUUACUAUCCUUAAAAACUACUAUUGAGUUGCUAAAAUUCUCAAUUUUUAAUUUGGCAGUUCCAGAGCUGCUUCUCUAUGUUGGUUUGCCAAAAAAAAAAAAAAAAGAAAAAAAAGAAAAAAAAAGAAAAAAUAGAAGUGUUAAAACAAAAGAUAUAUGUUUUGUGUAUACAGUAAAUGGACUAAUUCUUUAUAUUAAAUUCCUGUCUAUGCAUUUUGUGAGGUACAAACUUAUGUCACCGUGAAUGAUAGAGAAUUCCUGCCAUGCUUUUAGCUCAACAGUGAAAGUCUCUGUUUGGAUUAUUUCUGAAUUUUUUUUGUGUAAUUGACAGCUGAAAAAUCACAUGCUCUUAAAUAUGACAACAAAACACUGUAAGCCCAUUGGCUUAUUUCCUCUUCCAAUGAAAUAAAAAGGUUGCCAUAACAGCUCUUGGAAAUGAUUCUACACUGGAGAACGCAAGUUAGCCUAGCCGGAGCUUGUCUUGCUCCUCAGUUUUGCACCUUUGAUAAAAGAGUAUUUCUCUCUGGUUGCUGUACUUGUGAAGCCUAAAAGCAUGAUGGUCUGCUGUAAAGGACUUUCUCCUGGGAUUUUAUUUUUGUGUGGGGAAGAGAGAGUUUGGAAUAUGACAUCAUGUAGUAUGGUGAAAUGGAAGAUAAAGGUGCUGCGUCAGAUUAUUUAUCAGAAGAGUAUAAACCUUUUAAGGACAAUAUUAGAGUAUUUUAAUUGUUUUUGUUGAAACAUUUAUCUUGUUAAUUUCUAAGAGAAAAGGGUGACGUCAAUCAAAGCAGCACUUUUUUUCAAAAUAUACAGACAUAAAUAAUAUGAUGUGGCUGAGUGUUAACAUAAUAAAUCAUAUACAGUAUGACAUUUUAAAAGAAAUAAGUCUGCAUUGAUGUGAUUGCAUGCUUGUUUUUACAGUUCACUCCAUAUCCAUCUGUGGAAAAAUGCAAUAAUAUGUUAAUAUAAUAUGGUAGUUUGCGAGAACCAGGUAGGUGCUACUAGACACAUUGAAAACUAGUAUAGGUUUACAAGAUAUUCAUGUCUUUUGAAGCAUACACAAGGCUGGCGAAGGAAGUCAUUCAGUUUAAUACCAAAAAUAUGGGUUCUUGUCACAACAGUAAGUUAUAUUAGCUCCAGAACAGUAUCACAUACGACCAGGCUUUAUUUCAGGACCUGGGGCCCAGUUCAACUAAGCAUUUAAGCACAUGCUCAGCUUCGGGCGUUGGAGAAGUUCCACUGGACUGUAAGGCACUAUUCAUAUGCUUAAAAAUAAGUGCUUCCCUGGAUGAGGGCCUUCUUUGCUCAAGUGGAAUUCCCCACCAGCAUGGUGUUUAUGCCUUUUUUCAUUCUUCCUAAUUCCAGCUUGCUUGAAUAGUAGGGUUGUUACUUGAACCAUUACACAACCAAGGUCAGGCAAGACCUUCAAAAGCAGGAUUGCCCUUGGGGUAACAAUUUCAAACCAUUUUCUCCAGUGGCAUAGAAACAGCAUUUAAAUUUUGCAAAAAGAGAUAUAAACUGUACUGUUAAAAUAAGUUAUUUAAUUGGUUUUCAAUUAGAACUUCUCACACGUGCUCGUUUUUAACACAGUUGAUCUUCCAUUAUCUUGCACCUGGUGAUGUCCCUUGCAUCUGUGCAAUGCAGGUGUGAAAAACCCCACACCGAGCAUCCUACCUGGAUAGCACUUUGUAGGCCUCUCUGGUCUUCAUGGGUUUAAAUCGCUACGCUGGGUGUUAAGAGGCAUCCCUCUUUUUUUGUCGGCAGAACCAUGGCUCAACACUAAUGACAUUCAGUAGGCUAAAAGCCAGUCCUCUGUUGCCUUUGUCCAAGACCCCAUUCUGAAAUACUGCUUUUAUUACGGUGUGAGGGUUGAUUAUUACGGCGAAUGUGUAAAAUGGAGGCUCGGAAUGGGAACCGCCCUGGCUAAAAUCUAUGUGACUUCCUCCCAUACACACACUUGCAGAGUAGUUUUCUCAAGACCAGGUAGCUAGUUUCUGCCAGUGUACUGUUUACAGUGUCGGUUGCUGAUUGUUUUUAAACUUUUUGAUGUAGGUUUUCUUUUUUUUAAUGCUUCAAGAACAUUCUCGUGAUCUGAACAAGAAAAUUCUCAUGAAUUGAACAAGAAAGUGGUGCAUCAGAAGACAAGGGGUGCACCCUCCCACUCUUUUAGUGUCACCUGACAAACCAAGAAACAGUUUAAGGAACCUGAUGUUUAACUUGAGGCUCAGAAUUUAAUAUAGAACACUUAAAAAGUGUCCACAUUACUUAAGGAUGGUUCGUCUUGCACUGAGACUCCCUCUAUAAAGGAAUACGUGAAGAAAACCAACUUUUCUAAAUAAGACAUGAAAGUUAACAUCUUGUGUAUUUUCAUUACAGUAUUAUAUAUAUAUAUAACUAUUUCAAUGAAAAGAAAGGACAGAAUCAUCUGUAAUUAUGUAAUUCAUGAUUGUAACAGCACUGAAGUUACCAUGUACGCACAUGUACAGUAGCUAUUUCAACAGUUACAGUGUAGUUACAUGUAAUUCCCUGUAACAUAGCAGUUAUAGUGUAAUUUAGUGCCACUUAUUGUAAAGUGUUACCAAAAGGAAAACGGAGUUCUUACCUUUACAAUUCCAUUCAAAUUAAAGGUAAGUUUAUUAAAUUAGCACCAUAAAUCUGAUAUUGCAUUUCUUAAUUAAGGAGGUGAUUUAAAACUUCAUGUUCACACUGCAGCUUCCCCCACCGCUUACCCAGACUCCUCCAAGUGUCUAAUCUCUACACUCCUAGGAACUGGUAAUCUGUGAUGAACAUACCAAAAAUCCAGCUACUUCAACUUUAAUUGAAUAAGCUGUCUAAUAGAGAAAAACAAACAACAACAACAACAAAAAUAAAGAGUAAUGCUUUUUAUUAAGUGGCACAAAGUACACACUAAAAACUAUGCAAAAAUAUAGGUAAAUACAGUGUACUUACAUGUAAGUAUCUUGUACUUGCUGUGUAUGGAUAUUGGAAAACCAUGUAAUUAUAAUAUGCAUUUUGAUUAUUUCAAGCAGGGGGGUGACCCCUAACAGUCACAAGGACAAACUGGAAGGUACAUAUACAAGCAGUGGGUAUCCUAAUGCAAUAUGUGUAAUUCCUCUACUUGCAAUGACAACUAAUUUAUAAAGAUGCUUAUACCACUC